AUGCUCCCAAUCGAUUCUAAGCGCAAGUCUCUGGAUGGCGCCACACUCUGUAGCACCAACGACUCGGCGAAAGGCGAGGCGACCAAAGACUGCCAAACGGACGAACGUAAGCGGAAUCCCAGGCGUGAAGAUAACGACUCUUCGUUGACAGGAGACGUUGCGGAUCUUCGCCGAGGCCUACUCGUGCACGAGGAGCCGGAACGUCGCCGGAGAAGGCUGCGUGAGCGGGAAAAAGAUGACAAGGCGGAGGGAGGAAUCUUGGCUCUUUUGUUUUGCUUUGCUGGCGCAAUCAUCUCAAGAGGCGUAAUCUCCAUCUCACCCGCAAGAUCCUUCGACUCUUGCGCCUCCCCCGGCGGCAGCCCCGGUGUCGGCAGAACCAUCGUGCUCGGAAACACAAACGUCCUCCCGACACCAUCCGCCGACCCCCCUGCCGGUCCGCCCCUGGAAUCCAACCCACGGCUCCUCCGCCUCUUGCUCGACCGCUUCCACAGAAACGCGAGGCCCGCCACAAUCGCCGCCGCCAGCGGCAGUCCGACCCCGAGACCCACCCCGAGACCGACAGUCGGCGACGCCCCGCCUCCCCCGCCAUCACUCCCGAUCCCGCCGCCAAUCCCGCCCGCGCUACCCGUAGCGGCACUCCCCUCGGCCGUCUGGGCGGAUACCAGCACUAUCGAAGUGAACAGCGCCGUCGGGGUCGACGAUGUCGCGGCCGUUGUGGUGUCUGGGGUGGUGUUCGCGCAGGUGUACUCGAGCUUCAGGUCCUUGCCGUCCGUACAGGAGUUCUGCACAGAGAGCGUCAUGUUGGCUUGUUGGUCCGCAGGGCAGUCCGUCAUACAGCACUCAAAGUCGCUCAGCAGAGAGGAGCCCGCGCAGGCGCAUUUCGUCUUGCACGAGUCGGUCAUGUCCACCAGGAACUGCGAGAAACAAUGA